AUGCCCAGGGCCACACUAUAUGUCCUCCAAAGGGGGAAUCAAAAAGUGGGACCAUAUCGUGUAUACCUUGACCGCACUGUUCACGAUGACAUCCAGUGGACGCCCUUCAGUGGUUACGGUAAUGUUGUCCCCUUUGAUCGCAUUGCAUUAUAUUCUGGAUGGUUGGCAUGUGGGUCCAACACCAUGGUCAGAUAUCCGCCGGAGCGGUGCAUGCGACAGUUCGGACGUGUGCAGAUGAUACCGAGAUCUCCAUUUCAGGUUGCUCCCGACACUAUUACCCGCAUAGAGCUCACUUCUAUAUUUGAAGAUUGGGCGCAUCACUUGGUGCCUAAUGAGUAUCGGCGUAUGGUGGCCACCGAGAGUUGGCAUUGUGUAGAUGACUAUGUGACAUGGUUUUAUCGGGUGUCACAUCCUUUGAUGACACCCGAUGCUCUUGGAGAUCCACCUAGGCCAGCACAUGAGGAGAUAUUGGAGAACCAACAGGCCGAGGAUGACCAUGCCACUGAUCUCCUGCCGAUAUGCCAGCGGAUAUAG